GUUCGUCACUCGUUGGAUCUCUACAACAUUCAUCUUCCUAUCAAUACCUCUCCACCAUGACGCCUGCAAGACCCCAAGUCAAGCUCACCCUCAACCCUUCUCAGAAAGCCUACCUCGAUAGACUCGCCUCUACCGACUCCAGCUCCCCCGCGUCUCCGACCCUGUCGUCUCCCGGCCGAGGCUCGUGUCGGGUGCAGGCAGACGGCGAGUCGCUCAUGAGCAACAUCAAGAAUGCCAAGGCAAAGCUCAUGAUGAGGUCGAAGAGCGACAGGAACCUUGCGGAGCUGGGAAGGGAGGAGGAGACGAGGGGGAGGGGGAUACUGCGACGAGGGGUAUCAAUGACGAAUCUGUCAUCGGCGAGCAUGAUAUGAAGAAAAUUGAGAUUUUAAUGAUAGAUCCUGUACAAUAGAAGAAGUAUAAUCUUUGAAUGCUUUCGUGGAAAUCAUAAAGAAAAUACUG